AUGUUCGGAAGCGUCUUUGUCUUGGACAGUGACCCCAUGGGGUUCAUAGGAAAUCGAAAUGUCGAAUGGACGACGAAUCUCGACUUCUUUUACUGUGCCUUCUUCUCCGCAUCUCUUCUUGGUGUUCUCUUGGCUUUUUUUACCGACGAUGUCAGCUCCGGUUCGCUCAGGUGGAGCUGGAUUGUCAUGGAGCUCCUUCCUGUGCCUCGGUUGUCCAAUCAUGUAGCCGUGAAAGACGUGGAAGGGGCGCUGAUAACGGCAGCGAAACAAGCGUCAGGGAAAAGCCAAGUUUUUGCAAAGAUUGUGACAGCGGCACAUGAAGGAACUCUGAAGGUACUUCUUGCGCAGUGGUGCACGAAGCUACACCUUCGCUGUUGGUUUUGUUGGCAUACGUUGAAACUGCGAUAUACUGCGGAGAGCCGGAGGCAGCUGCUGUACCAGGUCAACAAAGUCCUGUUGCGUCUCGAGAAUCGCAAAGGAGAAAAGGAAGUGCAGUCCUACCUGGAUAUCAAACGCUACAUGCAAACGAACAACCUCUGGUAUUUUGCCUUUCGAAUCAGCGACGUCAAAAGCCAGUAUAUCACCUGCGAGGGGAAGAGGGCCUACCACAUGAGCUCUUACAGCUACCUCGACUUCAUGCGAGAGCCUCUCGUCCAGGAGGCGGCACUGGCUGCUGGGCGAAUGUGGUCGACGGGAAACCACGGAGCGCGGAUGCUAGGGGGGAAUCCCACAGUUAUUCGAGAACUCGAGCAAAUAAUCGGACGUUUUUUUGGCCGCGAGGAUGCGCUACUCUGCGCAACCGGCUUCUUGGCGGCAAUGAGUAGCAUUUGUGCAGUGGCGAAGAAGGGAGACCUGAUCAUUGGUGAUAAUCGGCUACACACGAGUUUGCGGGUAGGAAUGAAGUUGUCUGGAGCAAAAGAGGUGCUUUUCCGCCACAACAACUGGCAACACCUCACUCAGAUUCUCGGCAGCAUGCGACGGAAAUACAUAGACUGCUGGAUAGUUAUUGAGUCCGUGUACUCGAUGGACGGAGAUAUCGCAGACUUGCCCACGGUUCGUCGUCUCGCCGAUCAAUACAAGUGCCAAAUCAUUGUCGAUGAAGCGCAUGGCCUCGGGGUUCUAGGGAAGAGUGGCCGAGGCUUGGAGGAGCAUUUCAAUAUGCCAGGGGCAGCGGACAUUAUUGUGGGUACGUUCAGCAAGUCCAUUGGAGGGGUCGGCGGCUUCAUAACCUGUGGAAAGGAUCUUAUUGAAUUCCUCGAGUACCACGCUUUGGGAAGCGUCUUUUCCGCCCCGUUAACUGCCUACUCAGCUGGAGGCGCGAAAAAGGCUUUCGAGCUUAUGCAGGGUGAACACCGUUGGAGAAUCGCCAAGGCACAAGAGAACGCGAUUUAUCUGCGACGCGCUUUGAAAACGGGCAAUGGAAACUGGCCCCCUGAUUACCCUGCGGACAAGAAAUACGAAGUCGAGGGAAUUGAGUGUACCACGGUCAUCCCUGUGGUGUUCCCGAACGACCCCUAUCGACUUUGUUGCGUAACCCGGGCUCUGUUUUCGAAAGGGUGGGUCGUGGGUGCGGCCAUGUAUCCCGCGUGUCCAUUGAUGCGCCCACGAAUCCGUAUAACUGCUACCGCAGCAUACACCAAAGAAAUUAUGGAUAAAUUUGUCAGAGAUCUUGUGAAAACGACCGUUGACGUGCCCCUGACAACUGAAGUGGAAGACGGACCUAUAACGCUGUAG